AUGGAACAACCACUACUGAUCGUGCUUGACGUUAACUACUUCAAGACGCUGAGCCCUGAGAAAUUUGGACACCUGAUGAAGGUGCUUCAAAUCCUAUCUUGCCAGUUUCUGGCACAAGACUUCUGCGGGUCCGCUGAGCAAUUUCGACUGUUGGAACGUUGCGUUUCUGUUGUUGAUUUUGCGCUGGCGAGCCUCGCGGUCUUGUCACCGACGUAUGACUUGCAGACUUUUGUUAUAAACGAUUUGUCACGCUUGCCAUCGUCGGCUGAUGGGCUGGAUUCAGCUCUUGUUGGUGUUGGAAAAGUUGAGAAAUCGACUGAUUCGAUGCUGGUUGAUGGUCAGGUACUGGACUGGCUCGAUUCGGACAGUCUGGAUGCUUCUGAUGCUAAACGCGAGCGUGCUCUUCGGCGUGUUAAGGCUUAUCGAGACUUGGCAGCACCAUUGAGUCCGUGUAGUGACGUCAGUACAAUUUCAAGGCCAUGUACCAGAUCAUCAGUUCGUGUAAUUGAAAAGGAGUUUCCUCCAACUCCAAAGGCUAACAAGAAACUAAAUACCAAAGUUAUUAUACGUAGACUUAAAUACCGCAUGAACAAAAUGUAUCAGUUACAGAAAAAGAAGAUUGAUGAAUUGAAGACUAUCAACGAACGACAACGAAAACAGUUAUAUAGAUUAAAACACCAAAGUGCUGCAUUAAGAAAAUAUGAACCGACAAGCAAAACCAAUACAGAAGAUAUGAAACAACAAAGUGAAUCAGACGCUAUAAAAACAAUUAAAAAUAAUAUAGAAGAGGACAUUAAAACUUUUCUUGAAGAAGAUGAAAACAGUCGUAUUAUAACGAAAACUAUUAACGAUUCCGGUAUUUAUGAAAAAGAUUUGUUGAUUCCAUCCGAUCUCAAGCAAUUUGCAGGAACUAUGAAAGUUCAUCAGGCAGUGUGGAACGCCAAUGAGCCCAACCAACUAUCAAUGAGAAAAAUGAGUUGCGCCGAAGGUGAAUGUAAAAAUAAUUCAGCGUCGUGUGAACAUGGUCAUCAUGUAGGAUUAUACAUCAUAGGCGAGCAAACUAACCGACUGCUGACUGAUAAAAGCAACAAAAACAAGAGUGACAAGAUCGAUCUGAUCAAAAAGUCAAGUCAAGCCCUAAAGUGCAGCGGAGUCGGUGCAGCAAAAUCUAAAAAACCUCAAAUUUUAUCUAAUAUUUUGAUUCAACCUGGAAGUAGCUAUCAUAUUGAUCUUGCAGACGAAUGCUCCGAAACCAAGCAGCGCUUGUCGCAUACCUUAACAUCCGACAUUGGAUUGCAUGAAAGUGACAGCUUCUGGACGCGUGUGUCGACAGAUUGUGAAAAUAUUGCUCCGGCAGUAAUGAAUGAAGUAUUCUCCAAAAUUGUAGAUUCUAAAGAAAGCACAGAAGAGAACAUAGAACCUGCCACGUCGGCGCGUCUAGAGAUGCUUUCUUCACCUACAAGCAUUGUUUUAACUUCCCCAGAUCGCUUAGAAGAAUAUUCCUCGCCGAUAUUGGAACUACUUGAAAACUUGCCGCCCUUUAAAAGUUCUGACUAUGUAUCAGAUUCAUCAGAAGAUGGUACUUUAAUAGUUGCUGGUGGCAAGAAAAUGAGGCUACCUAAUGGAAAAUCGAGACGAACUAAACUAAAUGACCAGUAUUUAUACCAUGCUCUGAUGACCAUACACUUAUCUGAUGCCAAUUUGAAAGAGGGAAUAUUCACGGGACCUGACGUCAGGAAACUGAUUAAGGAUACAGAAUUUGCAAAAGUGAUGACAAAUUUGGAACGAAAUGCUUUAAAAAUGUCGUAUCUAAGUUUCUAG